AUGUCUGCGCAAACAGCAGUAACUCAAUAUGUUACGGCCGCCAACGGCUUCAAGUACGCAUAUCGACGCAUUGGCGACAAUGUUGGGGUUCCUCUCGUGAUGCACAUCCAUUACCGUGCCAACAUGGAUCUGUGGGACCCUCUAUUCAUCAACAGUCUGGUCAAGGCGAGACAAGUCAUCAUCUUUGACAACGCUGGAGUUGGUCGCAGCACCGGCGAAGUUGCGCUCACCUUUCAGGGGUGGGCCGACUCAGCAAUAUCGUUCCUUGAAGCUCUCCAGCUCAAAGAAUUCGACCUUCUAGGCUUUUCGAUGGGCGGUUACUGCGCUCAGAUGAUUGCGCUGACGGCUCCGCAUUUGGUCCGUCGACUGGUCCUGUGCGGCACGAGCGCCUCCAUACCUUCGGCCGACCACGUUCCAGGAGUCGUCUGGCCUCGAGAGAAUGCAUCAGGCCCAGCAAUUAAAGCGUUGAGCGAAUCUGAGACUCGGGAGGAAGGAAUCAGAUCCUUGGAAUUCUCCUUCUUUUACGACGAUGCCCGUGGUCGGGCUGCCUUCGACAGGUACUGGCGCAGAGUACUGGAAAGGACAGCAGAGCCUCUCAUCCUGGAUCUUUUGGACGCCAAGACCGGAGGUCAGCGACAACUGGAAGCAGCAUUUGAUUCAUUCAAGAUAAAUCCCAGGGCCUCUUUCGACAGACUCGGUGAGCUGAAGAUGCCAGUCUUGGUUGCCAACGGCGAUGACGACCAACUGAUUCCAUCAAGCCGCAGCUGGGAAUUGGCUAAGCAAAUCCCGAACGCCCAAUUGAUCAUCUACCCAAAGGCCGGGCACGGGUUUUUGUGGCAAUAUCCAACUUUGGUUGCGACACAUAUCAACCUGUUCCUUGAUGGAGGCGAGUACAGUGAUAUCUCGGCGCGGUUGUAG